AUGAACAGCUGGUGUAAGGUGUCGUAUAGUAUAAGUCCAUUGCACAGACUUCAGCAUUGGGUUGAUGGGCACUUCAAGGACACUAGCCUCAAAACCCUCGGUCUCAGAAUACAGCUUGGUCAUCGAGUCGGAGAGCGUUGUUACAACCCAAUUUCGACAGUAUUUUACAACGACUUCGUCAUUCUUGAUGUCAAUGGUGUACAUUCAGUCGCAGUAGACUUCUGUGGAUGUGAGACAGCACAAUCACUAACCACUCAACUCCUCCACAUCCGGUGGUUUCCAGCAACAUCCGUUAAUCCCAAAACGGCCGUGACUUUUCGGCUCCUUCACCACUUUCAUAUUCUCUCAUUUGAAUCAAAGGCAUCGGCCUUUGAGUAUUGGCAAACACUGUCACGGCUGUCUGACAACUCUGGUACCGAUCCUCCUAAGGAUCGCUACGAAGCACUACUUCGGAUGAUCAAAGAAUGGCGAAACUUGACCUUACUCAAACGAUUCGGCCGUGGGCAUGAUCCUGAAGGUCUCAACCUGCCAGGUAAAAAUUUACCGCAGGGCUGGGAGAAUGCAAGUCCUGACAAACAGUGGCUUUAUGGACUAUUUGUUGCGAUUGAUGCCAACUUUCGGUUGGCGCAGAAGAAUGUUUCGUCAGAUAUAGCUGAUCCUGGUCUGAGCAAUGGGUGGUCAUAUUUCAUCGAGGAAAAGGGAUACAAGGGCUUCCUCCACGAAGUUGGCAAGCAACCGCAAGAGAAAAGCACAUGUGCAAGUCACAAUGCUGUCAACCUAGCUGAGACAAAGAACUCCCGCGGUCUUGCAGCGACAGGUGCCGGGACUGUGGAUUGCUCGUGCCAUAACUUUAAACGACCAUGCACUGUUGGAGACCUUCAGAAGGGGGAAAAAUACGUGAAUAUGGAUUAUCUAUUUUGUUCUACCAUGCAGUUUGCAAAGGACCUCAUUGUUCUCAACAUCUCAUACGAUAUUGCUUGCCAGUGGAGUAAGAAUCUCCGAGAACGAAUAGUCAAGUACCCAGAUCGUAUUCAUGUCGAUUGCGCCAACAAAUUCGUCACGUUCCUUGUCCCGAAGUUCCAUCUUCCUGCACAUAUACUGGCAUGUCAAAUUACUUAUUCGCACAAUCUCCUAAGGGGCAUGGGCCGGACUGAUGGCGAAGCUCCUGAGCGUGGCUGGGCUAACAUCAACCCAAUAGCUACAAGCACACGCAAAAUGGGUCCAGGCGCUAGACGCGAUACCCUCGACGACCACUUUGGUGACUUCAAUUGGAAGAAAGUUACCAAUCUGGGUGUUAGUCUCUUGCAAAAAAUCAAGGCAGCUAUACCAGAACGUGACCAGCACACACGCGAUUUUCGCGAGUUCAAUGAUACCCUUGUCGCAGAACGGCCAGAAGAAGUAUCACAAUGGAAGAUUGCUAUUGAAAGGUGGGAGACGGACACAUCUACUAGUACCAACCCCUUUGGUGCAACCACAACGACUAUGACACAGGCAUCCGUCAGGCUACGUCUUGCUCAGAAAGAAGCCGAAGACCUCGAGCGUGGUGUCGACUAUUCCCUUCAUAGUGAGAUAUUGCCCAUUGUUCUCAUUUCUAUGGGCAUUGGCAUGGAAGAAGAGCAAUAUCGGCUUAGAUGGGACAUUUCAGCCCUUGGUGCACACUCAACCGAUCUCCAGCGCUCAAAGAUACAAGAUCGGACAAAUGCUCUGCAGCGCAAGAUUGAGCAAUGGUGCCAAGUUCAACUUUUGUAUAUGCCCUCGGCAUCCCGUGUUCGAACCACCCGCAGUUCCAGUGCAGGGACUUCAACGGAGGAAAAAGCCCAUGAGAUCGAUCUGUUGCUGCCAUCCAAGUUGAAGGAGCACACCCGAGACACCAUAUGCGAUGAACGGCUCUGUCGUUUUGAAUGGGAGCUACCCAACACACGUGCUGCCGCUGUAAUCGGGAAUGUUGAGCGCCACAUUUUAGAAGCCGCAGACCAGUAUCGCAGAGCAAGGAACGCACUCCAAAAUCUGCAUCAGACACUUGGAGAGCAUGACUGGCAGGAUGUCUUUCUGGUACUGGAGGUGUCACACAUUCAUAGUAUGUCAGAAGGCGAGGUAGGGCAAUCAGAGGGAAAUCGUACUCUCUCUUGGAUCUGGAAGAUGCGUGGUGUCUCUACUGCAGGAGAUGUUCUUACGGAUGCAUUACAAAUUGAAUGGUGCAAAGCAAGGGCACGCGCAAAUCGCUGGACGGAGGAGGUCGAGUUGUUGUUAGAGGAAAUGCGGCGUGUCAGGGUAUUUCUAUCCUGGCAUGCUACAUGGUGGGACGAGCAAGCAGACCGGAGAGUUGGAUUGCCUGCUGCUGAAGCGGAAGGCAUCAAUGGGUACGCGAGACGCCAAGCAGUGCUUCGAAGAAACAUACGAGACGCGUUCACGAGCAUGUGGGGCGUGUGUACGCUGAUCAAGCCAUUUGCGUCCUCGUCGAAGACUUCGGAUAAACUCAAAAUGUAGAAAACUGACAGAUAUUUCAAGCACCACUCGUCUGCAUGGUCUACUGGAGGGGACUGAGUGUGGGGUGCACUUGAUGUCACUUUUGGGGCGUGGAGCAUCAUUAUGCAGGUUGGAGAAACAUUGUGUGAAAUAAUCAUGGAGUUCUGCGAUGAAGUAUAGUAUCUUGACACUUGUUGAUCAUUUCUU